CUCCCAUCCAAGCCAGACGACCAAGCCUGCGGUUGAAAACUUGCUCAAAGUUGCCUUGAUCCUACCAUGAAUGACUCACGGUCAUCGUCGCCUGAAGCUCCUCCGCAAGACCUAUGGUCGUCUAUCCUUGAUUCUGUCUCUUCGUCGCGGUCGAUACCUGCCAAACAAAUACUGCUUCUGGGGGAAUCGUCUUCAGGGAAGUCGACGCUGGCGUCCGCGCUUUUGCACAAAGCCGCAGCUGAGGAGGUGCAAGAGGAUCAGAGGCCUGAUUUUGCACUGGGCUACGACUGGGCAGACGUCAAAGACGACGCGGACGAAGAUACCCUCGCGAGAUUGUCUGUAUACACCGUGCCAUCAGCAGCAGCUACCUACACCGCAUUGCUUCCUCACUUCCUACCACCACGGGCAUCACUACCACAUACGGUUGUAGUUAUCACCCUCGACUGGACGAAGCCUUGGACGUUCAUCGACCAGUUGUAUACCUGGCUGAGCUGGAUAGAGAAAUGGGUUCAAGGUGAUGGGUCACGAGAGCUGCAGAUUGUACGGGAAGAGACCCGAGAGAGAUUGCAGGCACAUCUUCAACGUUACACCGAGCCAUCUGCUGAGCCGCUUCCCGCCACCUCAACGCUGUCUGACACCACACUACUUCCUCUCGGACCAGGAACCCUGACGCAUAAUACGGCCGGUGUACCAAUCAUAGUCGCAUGCACGAAGGCAGAUCACAUAGAUGAUACCGGCGAUGGGCUUGGACCAGGAGCUUCCGGCAUGGGGGUAAUGGUUAAAGGCAAGGGUGGCGACUGGGAAGAACAAACAGACACAGUUAUGCAGGUCCUGCGGACAAUCUGCUUGAAAUACGGCGCUGCUCUUUUUUACACUACACCGCUCCCUCAGACCCUACAGGUGCUCCGCCAAUACGCACUUCAUCUCCUUUUUGCCCCUCCUGCACCUUCACCUGGGCUCUCCACGGAUGCUGUCGCACCGGUCCGAAACCCUUUUCCUUUCCAACACAAAGCGAACACCUUGGACAGGGACCGUAUUGUGGUUCCCGCAGGUUGGGAUAGCUGGGGGAAGAUUGUAGUCUUGAGGGAGGGUUUUGACGCGAAGGCAUGGGGUGAUGCGUGGGAGUAUGAUGUUGAGCAGGCCGAGGGCGACCAAGAGCAGACGGGGGCAAGGAAGCUGUAUAUCUCUAUGGUACCAGACCAAGGUCCCAAACCUACGCCACUGCCACCUUUCAAUAAUCCGACUCCAGAACAAGUGUUUCUUGCAAAGAACUACGACGAGAACUCGAAAAAGCCAGAUCGCGAUCCCCGUGCCUCCUUCCGCAACCCCACAGAGAAUUCUUCGGCAGGUGUCGUCGGUCCCAUGGGUAGCAGCAGCUUCAGCUUGCCAAACGUUGAAAAAGCCCUUACCGAGAUGGAAGGGGCUGUGGGUAGCCCUGCACCGCUUGGCAUUAACGUUGCCGCAGAUCCUCGUAAACCCCCUAGCAGAAGCACGGCACGACAAGCCUCGGGCUUGUCGGUGUCAAGCGCUGGAGCUCCUGGCACAAGGCCGCAGGCUUCAUCCCCGACACUGCCCUCAUCGCCAAGCCCCGUGCCUGGCGGUCAGACACAGCAUGAGGUUUUACAGAACUUCUUCCAGAGCUUGUUGAGCUCCAAGGACCGGACGAGCGGUGCUGCAUCCACAGCAAGGUCAGCACCCAAGCCGAGAUCUCCGACUUCGGCAUCCGUCCCAGCGACCAAUGGAAGCGGUAGUAGUGGUGAUACUGCAGAGAGCACGUAGUAUUUAUUUCUUGCAGUGUUGAAUGUUCUUCGUUGUAUUUGAGUCUCUGACAUAUCGUGAAAUCGGAAGGAUAUUUGAUGAAU